GUCUUCCGUGUCACCGCGUCCUAACACACGAUAAGGACAAUCUUACCCUUGUCUUCAACGAACUCGACAAGUUAGAAGAAGAGCAUGAAGAAGCCAAAACGUUCGGACAUUUCGGACACUUCCAGCAUUUGGCGUCCAGCGAGCGCUUCCACCCGUUCUACAAGUACAAAUAUCGUACCAACUGUUGUUACGGUUUGUCAAUGGAUCUCCUGGAGAACAUUGCCCACGAACUCGAAUUUGACUUCCACCUUUACAUCGUUGCUGACGGAUUAUUUGGGUCCAAGGUAGUCAGCGACAAGAAAACUCGCCGAGACGUUGGACGAAGUUUCUGGGUGAACCGAUUCCAGAAAGAACAAGUGACAACGGGGGAUGUUGUGAAUGGUGGUAAUAGGGUGGAAGUGAAAUGGAAUGGUAUUGUAGGAGACCUUAUGUCGGAGGCGGCCCAUAUGUCAUUCGCGGCCCUAAGUGUUUCGAGUGUUCGCAGCGAAGUGAUAGACUUUAGUGUGCCGUAUUUUUUUGCGGGCGUGUCGUCUUUGGCGGCGCCGCAGCAAAAGUCCGAGAUACCGUUAAUGGCCUUCCUUUUGCCGUUUUCCACGGAACUGUGGAUAGCAAUUUUCACAAGUCUGAACAUAACAGCUAUCGCCGUGGCCAUCUACGAAUGGCUCUCGCCGUUCGGAUUGAACCCUUGGGGGCGGCAACGGUCGAAAAAUUUCAGUAUGAGCUCGGCGCUUUGGGUUAUGUGGGGACUGUUGUGCGGACAUUUGGUCGCGUUCAAGGCACCGAAGAGCUGGCCUAAUAAAUUCUUAAUCAACGUUUGGGGCGGUUUCUCUGUUAUUUUCGUUGCCAGCUACACCGCCAACAUUGCCGCACUUAUUGCUGGGCUUUUCUUUCGAAAUACAGGCAACUACUACGACCGAACG